CUACUGAUGCUCCGGCUGCAAUCUGCAGAGCGUGAGUCAGUGCUGUGGGGGAGCCGAGCGGCGAACAGAAGCAGCUGCAGCACAGGCAGGCAGGCAGGCAGACACGUUUCUCUCACACGAGCGUCAACAGCGCAGAGGUGCAGGAUGGGAAGGCCGAGCAGCUGAGCAAGAAGAGGAAGUGAGGCCGCCACUCAGAAACACGUCUGUAGACCAAGAGCUCCUCUCAAUUUGCAGCUAAAGGCUUGUUUCAAACUUCAGAAAACCCCGCGCUGAGUCAUCGAGAGAAAAGAGAAGUUUACAAUCUUAGAGGUGGAUUUGGAACGUCCUGCUCAGAUGUCCUGGUUGUCUCCGGUCCAGUGGGCCAAGUGGACGUGGUCGGCAGUGACUGGAGGUGCAGGAGACGAUGGACAACACACAGGAAGGGAUGACAAAGAAGACAAUUCGGACUCCGAGGGGACCUUCGAGACUCCAGAAGCUGAGUCCCCAGUUGUUGUGAAGCUUCUGGACAAACUGGACAGCGCAAAUGACCCAGUUCCUACUGAUGAUUCGAGCGACGUUUGGGACAGACGCCAUGAUGUCCCCUCGGCUCCAGCCCAGCAGGUUGACUCCCUGAACAACGUCACCGGCUCCACGGCCAACAACGGCAGCUUCGGUUUGGAUCAAAACCUCAAUCUGACCCUAGGCUCCAAACCUGCUACUGAAGAAGGUCUCUCUCCGUGCAACCGUCUUCCCCUGACUGCGUCCCUCCGACCACCGUCUCUUCCCGUACUCUCACCGCUGAACAAACCCGACCCUUCAGAGGUGGACGACGAGGCCCCGGCGACUUCAGACUCUAGCCCAGACGCCAUCUGUCGUGACGACUGUCUGGAUCCUGACUUGCUGAAUGGCAACGUGAGAUCAGAUACUGUGUUGUCAAACACUAAACUGGCCUGUGAGAGCAGUAACUCAAUCAUCACGAACUCUUGCAAACUAAAGCAAACCCAGCAGAAGGAUUUAAAUGGACCGGAUGACCAUCACGUGGGCCACGCCACAGAUGAGGAGAAACUGGCAGGCACCGCUGGGGGCAAGUCAGAAAAGGAGCAAAACGUCCAGGAAUGCAGUUUGACAUCCAAACCAGAGGAGUCGGACUGCUGCUCUGUGUAUGAAGACGUGUGCAAACUGAAGAGCUCGUCGGAGGGAAGUGAGGGGCAGAAAACAGGAAGUCAGGUCCUGGAUUCCAUCUGCAUCAGUGAGGCAGAAAAACAGGCAGUUCUCACCCUGAUCAGAGAGGAGAUCAUCACCAAGGAGGCUGAAACUAACGACUGGAAGAAAAAGUACGAGCAGUGCAAACUAGAAGUGGACGAGAUGAGGAAGAUUGUUGCAGAAUAUGAGAAGACGAUAGCUCAGAUGAUUGAGGACAAGCAGCGCAACACCGCAAACUUCCAGAAGGCUUUGCAUGAGCUGACGGCGGAGAAGGAGGCCGCCCUGGCAGACCUGAACUCCGUGGAGCGCUCGCUCUCAGACAUCUUUCGGCGCUAUGAGAACAUGAAAAGCACCCUCGACGGCUUCAAAAAGAAUGAAGAAGUGCUGAAGAAGUGUGCUCAGGACUACCUGGCCAGAGUCAAGCAGGAGGAGCAGAGAUAUCAGACACUAAAGCUGCAUGCAGAGGAGAAACUCGACAGGGCCAACGAGGAGAUUGCUCAGGUGCGCACCAAGGCGAGCUCAGAAACGAUGGCGCUGACGGCGAGCCUGAGGAAGGAGCAGAUGAGGAACGAGUCUCUGGAACAAGCUCUCCAGCAGAAGAAUCAAGAAAUCGAGGAGCUCACAAAGAUCUGUGAUGAGCUGAUUGCCAAAAUGGGAAAGAUGGACUAAGAGCUGCUGGAAGGUAACCGGUCCGGAUGGCCACUGUAACCCUGCGGCGGUUCACUGCGCAUGCCUCCAACCAAGAAGCAGCUUCCGUACUGUAACCCUGUGCCUGUCCUGCACCUCAGAGACUGCUUAUGUACAGAUGUCUGACAUAGCCUCCUGUAAUCUGCAUUUGCACUACUUGUGACCAGAACCUUUUAAGGCUCUUUGCAUAUUAAUCACAUGAGAUCACUUAGUUUGCAUUUUGCACCUUUUUUAUGGGUAUCUAGAGCUGUUGUGCUUUUGUCCAUCAUGUCGGAGUAAACGAAAGCUCUAAUUAUAUUCCCACUAGCAUAAGCGCAUAGGAACUCCCAGCAUCUCCGCCUCAGGAUGACAUCAGAUUUAAUUCAUGUCAGGGUUUGCUUUGAAAACAUGUUUGACCUUGUGCUUGAAGGAGCUUUAGAAAAAAAAUAUUUGAUAUGAAAGGAUUAAUGAUUAAAAUAUAUUUUUAUACCAACUUGACGUUAAGUUUAUAUUUACUGAUUUGGCCAGAUUGAGGCCAUGGUAAAAGAAGUAUAGCAGCCCUUAGAGAUCUGGACAGUCCUCCUAAACAGACCAGGCUAAGAUGGCACUAAUCAGACAAGCAGCUCAUGGUCACUCUGGAGGAGCUGCAGAGGUCCACAGCUCAGGUAGAAGAAUCUGUCAACAGGAAAACAUUGGUCAUUCUGGCCUGAUGAAAGGAGAAAUCCUGCCAUGUUUGUAGUUUUUGCUGCAAACCGUGUAGCCGGGGAAAAAAAAAAAAAAAAAAAAAAUGCAGGGAGAUGGUCUGGUCAGAUGAGUCCAAAGCUUAACUUUUUGGCCUUCAUGCAAAUUGCUGCGUUGGAGGAAAACCAAUUAGCCCGCCUCGACGCUCCAUCUCCACAGGUGAUACUUGGUGUUUGUAGCUUGUUGAAGAUGAAUUAUGUGCACAGGGGCACAAAAAGAAAUGUCUAUAAAUUUAAGAAAAAAUAAAACUUCUGACGGUGCAUCCCUUCCUGUAACUGUCUGCACAUUUCGCCGUUGUUCAGUGAAAUCCACAGAACCAAACCCCUAAAGUUUGUUGACUUAUGUUAGAAACCCUGAAUAACUGGGAUAUUUUUUCAGUGAAGGUAUUUAACAAUUUCUAGAUGCUGCUGUUUAAAUGUCACUCUUGUUACGUUCUGCUUUUUACAAAACCUUAAGGAGUAACAUGACAGCUUAGCGAGAGCUUUUGCCUGCUGCUCAUGUGUAAUUGUUGUCCGAGCCCUCGCAUAAGUCUGCUUACUCGUUCAUUUUCACUGUUUGCAUUUCUUGCGCCAAUAAGCACAAUCUGUGUUCAGCACAGGGCUGUAAUGAUUAACUAAACGAGUUUACUGCUAGUCAUAACAAUAUUACAUUAAUUUUACAACCUGUCCCGAUAUAUGUGCGUGAAAUUGUCUUUCUGGGGAAAAAUGAACACAACCUACUCUUCCUGUCAUCGUAACGCAGGAUAAAAUGUUCAAAACCUUCUAAAUCAGCAAGAGCUGGUUAAAGGGGAAGACUGAGCAUUAAGAAAAAAAUAUUUAGGCUCAUUCUUUGGUUAUUUAAAGCCUCUUAGAUUAUACUCAAAGUAAAUUUCUGAUGACUGAAAGUCACUAACAUCACAAACACAGAUGUGUAAGAGUGUAUAUUUGUGCCAAUCUGAUGUCAUGUCACCUUGUUAAUAUUUUGUUUUGCCAUGUCUUUUUAUUUUUGUUUUUUUUGUAUCUUUAGACUUUGCUUGACUAUGAUAGAAAUUUGUAUUUGUAGUUCGUAAAUGACAAUCUCACAUCUGUGUUGAAUCAGCGUGAAUAAUGUGUAUAUUCCCUCCGAAUAAACAUUAAUAUAGUUUGUUCUACUA